UAAAAGCACCGCGCUGUGGCCGAGAGGCAAGUCAGUGGACGCAGAGGACAAAACCAUGAAGGUCCUGUUUGUUGCAGUUGUCUUCGGUGCAGUUGUUUCCGCCGCCAUGGCCGGUGCCUUGCUGGGAGGAUACGGCGGUGGCUACGGUGGGGGCUUCGGCGGUGGCUACGGAGGCGGCUUCGGCGGUGGCUACGGAGGUGGCAUCGGAGGCGGCUACGGCGGUGGUGUUGGCCUGGGAAGUAGCGUUGUCCUUCUUAACGGAGGAGGUGCUGGAUAUGGAAAGGCUGUAGCCGGGCCAGCAUUCUUGGUAAAGACCGUCCACCAUGUAAGCAAGGUCCACGGCGGAGGAGCCUUGCUGGCCCACUCUGGUUUGGGUGGCGGCUACGGCGGCGGUUUCGGCGGCGGAUUCGGAGGCGGAUUCGGAGGCGGCUAUGGUGGAUUCGGAGGUGGUUACGGCGGUGGAUACGGCGGAGGCUAUGGAUUGAAGGGCUGA